UCGAGUGAGUUUGCCAUAGCUGCUGCAUACGAUUCAACGUCAGUCACUAUAACCUUUAGAAUAUCAUCAGGAGUUGUGACAUUUCUUGGAAGAAACUACUCAAAUGGUCAAAAAACUACCAUAACCCUACACAAAUUGGAUGUGGCACACAUACAGCACGUUCACGAUUUAACUGGAACGUACGUAGAUAGUGAUAAACCCAUUUCUAUUGUAUCAGGAAAUAAAUGUGCUGAUGUUCCGAAAUCAGUUACAGCCUGUGAUGUUUUACUAGAGUUUGUGCCGCCACUUUCAACUUGGGGUACCAAGUAUAUAACCGCUGCUUUUAAAACACGUCUUCACAACCGUAUACGUGUAAUAUCAGGAAGUGACGGUAACAUUGUAAAACUUGGAAAUCUAAAAGUCAUUACUUUAAACAGAGGUCAAUUUUACGAGCAAACCUUUACACAAGACGAUGCUGUACUUAUUGACUGUUCAAACCCAUGUCUUCUUGUGCAGUACGCAGAAGGAUCUACUGCUGAUGGUCAAACAGGUGAUCCAUCAAUGACUAUUGUACCUUCCCUAGACCAUUUUGACAACGACUUCUAUUUUAAGACACCGGAUGUCGUCAACAACUAUCUGUCUAUUGUAAUACACAGCUCUGAUGUGACAGGAUUACGCCUGGAUGGUAGAUCAUUGAGUGGAGAAGAGAAGACAGUCCUGGUAACACAUCAUAAACAAUCAGAACGUUACAGUGAAGUUCGAGUUCACAUAUCACAGUCUUCACAUCACCUUUACCACAUAUCAGAUGUUUCAUUCGGUGCUAUUCUGUAUGGAUUUGCCAAUUAUGAGUCAUAUGCGUAUCCUCUUGGAAUAAGCUUUAUAGAGCUAUCAGCAGUCAGACUAUUGAAUGGAAGCAGUUCUAAAUCCGGGCAACUUGAAGUGUCACGUGGUGGUAUUUGGACGCCGGUUUGCUCAAGCUCUGUCAAUUUAGAUGCAGCACGUGUUAUUUGUAGAACACUUGGUUAUGACAAAUACAAUUUACCGCAUGAUGCAGUACAAUCUGUUACACUGCCACCUGGCGGUAACUACGUUCAUGGUAAUAUAAGCUGCCUUGGAACAGAAUCGUCCAUCACAGAAUGUUCAGUAAAACAUAUAUACACACUGUCAUGUACUAAUGUUGCAGCAAUUGACUGUGCGCCAUCUUUAAAAGAGUUAGUACAUUCAAGAUGUACAUCAACAACAUGGGAUAUAGCAGUUGAUAUGGAUAAACUAACUUACCGGUUCCCUGGUUCCCUGUCAGAUGAUAUAUAUCUUGGUGAUAACAGUUGUACCGGUGUUAUGCAGGGCAGCCAGCUUAUUUUCAGACAUGGGCUACAUGGAUGUCUUUCUACUAGCACGGAAACCAGAGACGAAAUCAUUUUUACGAACCAGCUAUUGUACGCAUUUCAUGACCCGACGUACCACUUUAUUAUCAGGAAUUAUAAUUGGACACUCGAUCUCAACUGUCAGAUAUCACGUGACCAGUAUGGCCACAGUCAAGUGACCUAUAACCAAUCAAUAGACUCAAGUCAAACGUUGAAUUUUACUAACCAGUACAAAAUUGAUACACAGUUCUUUCUAGACCCAAACUUCAAACAGGCGAUCUCAGGUAAUCCGCUGCAGGUUCCCGUUGGUACCAACGUAUAUGUGAAAUCGUAUGUCCAAGAUGUUGCUUGGACUGUUAAAAUGCGCCUCAGUUCCUGUUAUACCACAACAACAACGACCAAUCAGAAUGGAAUGCACUAUUUUCUGAUCAAAAACGGUUGUGAGGUGGAUGCAAACACACAUCUGCUGUCACAAACAGAUCACGAGACCAAGUUUGUAUUCCAGUUAUUUGAGAUGACCGGUAUCCAUGGGGAUAUUUACAUCAAAUGUGACGCAGUGUUCUGUGAUACGUCAGACAUUACGUCAUCUCAGCAGUGUGAUACAUCUUGCCGCAUAGGCUAAAAAAACUGUAAAAUCCCAAUUUUCUAUGGAACCAUAUGGAAAUUAAUUGUAACUUUGAAUACAUCUGACAAUCAGAA